AUGAAAGAGUUUACGAACAUAUAUGCCAUCGCGGCUGUUGCCGUGAUCGGCGGUGGUUUGUUCGGUUUUGAUAUCAGCUCUAUGUCUGCUAUCAUCUCGACCUCACAGUACCUUUGCUACUUUAACCAAGGUCCAGACUAUUACGGGGUGAUAACCCCAGACAACCCGGAUGGUACCCGCUGUAGCGGCCCUAGACCCUCUACCCAAGGCGGUAUCACCGCUGCCAUGCCCGGUGGUUCCUGGGUUGGCGCUCUUGUUUCCGGAUACCUGUCAGAUAUCCUUGGCCGAAAGAAAUCGAUCCAAGUCGGCUCUUUAUUUUGGAUUAUCGGAAGUAUAAUCUCCGCUGCGGCUCAAAAUAUUGGUAUGCUCGUAGCUGGACGUUUUAUCAACGGCUUCGCUGUUGGUAUUUGCUCUGCUCAAGUCCCCGUCUACAUUUCUGAACUGGCUCCUCCCUCGCGAAGAGGCAGAUUAGUGGGCGCACAACAGUGGGCUAUCACAUGGGGCAUCUUGAUUAUGUUCUAUAUGUCAUAUGGGUGUACAUUCAUCGGGCCAGCAAACGGAACAACGGCCUUCAGACUCCCUUGGGCCCUCCAAAUGAUUCCCGGCAUCUUUCUCCUCUUUGCGCUUUUCUUCAUGCCUGAAUCUCCUCGCUGGCUUGCCAAAAAGAACCAGUGGAAUGAAACUGAAAGAAUUAUAGCCGGCAUCCAUGGCAAAGGUGAUGCUAACCAUCCCUUCGUCAGAGCCGAACUGCAAGAAAUCGGCGACUUCGUAAAACUGGAGUCAACUAACGAGACCACUUAUUUCGAUCUCCUCAAACGGAACAUGAUUUUCCGAACUCACGUUGGUGUCUUCACUCAGAUUUGGAGCCAGUUGACCGGUAUGAACGUGAUGAUGUAUUAUAUUACCUACGUAUUCGCAAUGGCUGGAUUGAGAGGCAACACCUUGCUUGUAUCAUCCUCGAUUCAAUUCAUCAUUAACGUCGCUAUGACCGUUCCCGCUCUUAUCUGGGUGGACAGAUGGGGCCGGCGUCCCACUCUCCUAGCUGGAGGAAUCCUCAUGUGUGUUUGGAUGUUUGCUACAGGCGGCAUCAUGGGAGCCAACGGCCACUAUGUGCCCGGGGGUAUCAACGGAGUCAAAGCAGUAUCAUGGGCUGUCAACCAGGGUGCCCCCGCCAAAGCUGUCGUGGCCUGUACCUUCCUCUUUGUGGCCUCCUUCGCUCCGACCUGGGGCCCCGUUUCCUGGAUCUAUCCACCGGAGCUGUUCCCUCUCCGCUUCCGCGGAAAGGCUGUCGCACUUUGCACGUCCUCCAACUGGAUAUUCAACUUUGCCCUGUCCUACUUCGUCCCGCCAGCCUUUGAAAAUAUCCAGUGGAAGGCAUAUAUGAUCUUUGGCGCCUUCUGUGCUGCAAUGACCAUCCACGUUUUCUUCGCCUUCCCAGAAACAGCAGGAAAAUCCCUCGAAGCCGUCGAAGAUAUCUUCAACACAAGCACUCCAGCAUGGAAAACACGCGUUACCACAAAGGAAACCAUCGCAGCUGAACGGGGCGAUGUCGAGGCCAAGCAUACAUUUUCUGAGCGUACCAGGAUACACGCAAAUAUUGCUAUGCAAGACGUCCCAGCGAGGACCGGGGCUGGCUCCGGUGCGGGUGCCGCCAACCUGACCAGCAAGGUCAACUUUAACCCCACAGAGCGUACCGCGUCUGGGUCCAGUCGCAGUACCUAG